UACUUUCCUCACUUUCUCCAGGGUGACGACGAAUUUGAGGUCGCCGAAGAUGGAGGCCUCUACCGCAAUACGACAAACUGGACUGGGUAUUCCACGUCCGUUUUCAUUUAGAUGGCAAUGCGCAGGUUGACCGCCGUAGAUUCAUGCCUGGACACACCGUUGCAGUCUUGAAUACCAUAACCAAGAGGUUCUUGGAUGGGACUUAUUGGAAGGAGGGCGUUUACGUGGAGAAACUGGAAACUUGUCGGGGCUUCCCCAUGGAACUGAAGGAACUUUGCCGAAUGAAUACAGAGCUCGUCAGGUACACUGAUGGAAUUGACAAGCAAAAAGACACUCGGCCGUGUGGAGCCUGUGGCAAGGAAGGACAGGAACUCAAGAAGUGUGGCGGUUGCGGCUAUUACUAUUAUUGCGAUGCGCCGGAGACUGGAGUAGGACAACGCGGACGACCGGUUGUAGACCGUUCGGUAGCUCAUCCAUGGUUAUGGCAACUGUGGUAAUACUUGGACCGAUGUCGAAUUGUCCGCUUGUCCUAGAGCACGAUUUUCUUUGACUACCUCGAAUCAACGUCACGCGACCUGAGACAUGGCAGAAGAAGGAACAUGCGGUCUUAUCGAGCUUCCUUGGGCAGAUGUCUGAUGC